UCUGUAUAAUUCACGUGGAGAGUCACUUCUCUUCACUGGCUGAGAAAAACUAGUGCUGUUGUUUUCUAUCAUGGGCUAACUGUGUGUGUUUUGUCAAUUUUGUAUAUUUGGUCUCACUCUAAAAAAGACCCCAUAAGAGACCUCUUUUUUCUCUUUAUUUCUGCUAAAUAAGAUUCCAGGAAACACAGCCUCCAUGGCCCAUUCUGUACAGGGCACACCUAGAACAAGUGCUGCAGAAGUUUCUACGGAGCAGGCAGAGUGUGCUCAAUCAUCAAGAAAGAACUUGACAAAUUCCCUUGAACAAAAGAUAAGGUGCUUGGAGAAACAGAGAAAAGAGCUCCUGGAAGUUAAUUGGCAAUGGGAUCAACAAUUUAGAAGCAUGAAAGAGCUAUACGAACGAAAGGUCGCAGAGCUGAGAACGAAACUGGACUCGGCGGAAAGAUUCCUCAGCGCCCAGGAGAAGGAUCGUUCGCAGAGCCGGGGAGAGGCCCUGAGCCGGGACGCGCGGUGGCGCCAAGAGAAGGAGAAUGAAAGACUAACUGAAGAAUUACAUGAACUGAAGAAAGAGAAUAAGCUUUUGAAAGAAAAAAUCCUUCUCGUGACUAAGAAGAAGGAACACUAUGAAUGUGAAAUAAAACGCCUCAAUAAGGCUCUUCAGGAUGCCUUGAAAAUCGAGUACUCUUCAGUUUCUGAGGACUAUUUGAGGAAGUCUAAAGUGGAAUGCAGCCAUGAGGAGAUGAGAACAGAAUUGGAAGUUCUCAAACAGCAGGUGCGAAUAUAUGAAGAAGACUUCAAAAAGGAGCGAUCAGAUCGAGAAAGGCUUAAUCAAGAGAAGGAAGAGCUGCAGCAAAUCAAUCAAACUUCUCAAUCCCAACUGAGCAGGCUGAAUUCUCAGAUCAAAGCUUGUCAGAUGGAGAAAGAAAAACUGGAAAAGCAAUUAAAACAGAUGCAUUUCCCUACCUGUAACUGUAGCUUGGUUUUCCACCUGCGGGAUCCAUGGGUACCAACAGUCCCUGGGGCUGUGCAGGAUCAACAAGAGCACCCACCAGACUAUCAGUGGCAUGCUUUUGAGCAGCUUCCGCCAGAUGUACAGCACAAGGCAAAUGGUUCCUCGUCAGAAAAGAGAGUCAAUCAGUAGACGCACAGAUCCGUGGAGGACGACAGCGGCAGAGAGGGAGCUCGACUGAGGGUGCUUUGUUUUCGUGUUCACUGCGGCUUGUUUCUGCACAGCUGCACGUCGUCUCCUCCGUGACUUGUGCCUGGUCAUGUUUCCUGUUCUGUGAAUAGAGGAAAAGGCUUCUGACAGCUGAGAUCCUGAUCAUAUCUGAGGAGCCAGUUUUUACCAGGAAUGUCCCUGAAAUGAGAUUGGGCCCAUGGAUUAUGCGCCACUCCUUGAAACUCUUCAGCAUAUUGCUGUUGGACUUACAAAGAAGAUUCUAUGAUUUAAACAACUCCACUGUUGGCGCAGUGAUACUGUAUGCUGACUUAAAUACAUAUAUGUGUGUGUGUGUCUGUAUAUAUGGUCAGGUGAGUGGUGCAGUGGUUAAGUCACUGCCUGGGGACAACUACAUUCUAUAGUUCAAGUCCUGGCUACACCACUUUCAUUCUUGCUAUUGCACACCCUGGGAGAAAGCAGGUCUGGGUUCAAGUACUUGGGUCCUAGCCACCCAUGUAAGAAACCUAGACUAAGUUCAGGACUCCUGGCUUCAGCCCAGCCUAGUCCCAGAUGUUGUGGGCAUUUAGGGCAUGUACUACUGAAUGGAAGAUCUUCUUUGCCUGUCUUUAUUUCU